AUGCACUACACAUAUCUCUCCCUGGCGUUCUUCGCCGUCGGCGCCAUCGCCGCCCCAGCUGCUCGUCGCUCGAACUCUGCUGAUGCUUUCGGCGACAUGAGCGACAUGACUGCUGGCUUCCCCUUCGGCCCAUCCGGCUCUUCUACCGUCACCGAUGAAGAUAACGAUGAUGGAUUUGGCGACUUCGGCGACGGCAUUUCCGGUGCUAUGGCGGCCUACCAGCAGGCCGAGUCUGCCAAGAUGUCCGCCCAAAACCCUAGCACCCCUAGCCCUACCCACGCCGUGAAGGAAACUUCCAACGAGCCAGUGCCUGAUAUGCCAGCAGCCGAGCCCAUGGCUGAUAUCCCUCCCAAGCCUGAAGCCCCGAAGCACAAGAUGCCAGAGGCUCCCUCCAAUCCCCUGGUCCCAGCCAUUCCUGCUGUCAACGCCGAGCCUAGCCACAUUACUCCUACCCACUCCGCUAAGGCCGAGCCUACUCACUCCGCUAUGAUCGAGGCUUCUCACGCCAUGAAGGCCGAGCCUACCCGCCCUAUCCAGAACUUCCAGGACGCCAUGCAAUCUCAGGCCUCCGCUGCUGCUCCCGCUCCCGUUGCCUCUCAGGCCCCCAUUGUCUCCGAGGCUCCUAUGGUCUCUGAAGCCCCCAUGGUCUCUCAAGCUCCCAUGGCAUCCGAGGUCCCCAUGGUUUCUCAGGCCUCCGUCGUUGCUCCUAGCCCUACUCACCCUCUCAUCCACGCCCCAUCCAAGAGCAGUUCUCUUACUGCUUCUUCCAGCGCUACUCCCUCUCCCAGCGCAUCUGCUGCUGCUGGCCCCGUUGGCAACCUUGUCGGUGGUCUUCCUCUUGUUGGACCUAUGAUCAAGGGACCUCUUGCUGGUCUCGGUCUCCGACGUUAA